GAGAGAGAGAGAGAGAGAGAGAGAGAGAGAGAGAGCAUUUAGCUUCCAUUGUGUAAUGUGUACUACUACUAAUAAAUCCGUCGUGUGCCAUGCAAUUGCAAAAGAAAGGAAUCGCUUCUUAAAGAGGCAGGAGGCAGGAGGCAGGAGGCAGGCCAUCCAAGAUAAAAGAAGAAAUGCUAAACCCAAAUAUGUCAUCUUGUGGCCGAGAAUUUCAUCACAGCAACGUAACCCCUUGGAUUUGUAUUGUCACGCACGGCACACAAUCCCUUCCCCUCACAGAUUCUUCAAAAUACAACAAAUAUGCUUAGAUUGGUCGUUUCCUGUUAUUCUCAACAAAUUGCAUAAAUAUAUCCAUUCCACCUGAAAAAGGAAAGGCUAAAAAAGCCAAACCUAUCACCUACACAAUGACACCUCAAACUUUCCCUUGUUUCCUUUUCAUCCUCUUUCCCCUUUUCUUCUCUUUAUCCUGUUCGUGCACAUUCACUAUAACAAACAACUGCCCGGAUACCAUCUGGCCAGGUACUUUAGCUGGUUCGGGCAGGCCCCAACUCCCAACAACUGGAUUCCGGUUGGACUCUGGCCAAAGUGCCAGAAUUCCUCCUACUCCAGAAUGGUCAGGACGUAUCUGGGCAAGAACAGGUUGCACAUUUGAUGAGUUGGGAGCGGGCACAUGUCAAACAGGCGACUGUGGAGGAAGACUGGAAUGUAAUGGCAACGGUGCCACUCCACCUGCCUCACUCUUUGAGAUAACCCUUGGCAAUGGCAAUGAUAAAGAUUUUUACGAUGUCAGCAUUGUAGACGGCUACAAUCUACCCCUUAUCGCUUCUCCACGCGGCGUGUAUGGUGCCUGCAAUGCUACUGGCUGUGCUUCAGAUAUCAACAUAGGUUGCCCAAAAGAGCUUCAGGUGGUGGGAGGUGUAAACGAAGGGAGUGUGGUUGGGUGCAAGAGUGCCUGCGAUGCAUUUGGUUUGGACCAAUACUGCUGCAGUGGACAGUUUGCUAACCCAACAACAUGCCAGCCUUCCUUUUAUUCAACCAUUUUCAAGCGGGCUUGUCCAAGAGCAUACAGUUAUGCUUUUGAUGAUGGCACAAGCACUUUUACAUGCAAAGCCUUUGAAUAUGCCAUUGUUUUCUGCCCUAACGGCAACGGGACGACACAACCGGAUGAUUCGUUAGCUCCUCCAAGAUAUCAAGUGCCUGGCAGUGAAAAGGUUGUGCGGCAGAUGGUUUCUUCUUCAAACAUGCUCUUACCGAUUCCGUCACUAAUCCUUCUUCUCAUCUUCUUCUACAUACUCUCUUGAAGGUAUGAAAUUAAGUACAUGGGGACAGAAGGUUUGAAGAAACAAAGAAUUUGAAAUUUUAUUUCGAAGAGGAAUUAAGAAUGUAUUAGAUAAUUCAUUCAGGCACGCCAAAGUGCAUUGAAAUGUUGGGGAUCAAUUGACUUUAGAAAUAUGAAAGGAAUCCGAAGCCUUUAGUACAUGAAAGGGG